AUGCCUCCAACACUCCGACCGAUCGUGAACUUGCUGCAAGCCGGAGGCGUCGAAGGUCCACAAUUCAGCCGUGCUGUGAUUGGCCCUGCGCGGGGACGCCUUGCUGCCUUCUUCCAGACUGAUGCGAGGAGCCCGAGAGUGAAGAGAUGGCAGGAGUUGCAGCAGCAGGAUUCGGGCACACGAGGCUUUCAUAGUACUGUCCGGGCUAAGAAGCCUUUCCCUCCGCCUCCACCAACGCCGUCGUCGAGAGCGAAGACUAGCAAUGCUGCGCCGUUGCUUGGGGUGUUGUUUGGAGCUUCGGCUUUGGCUGUGAUUGGAACGUCGUUUAUACCACACAAGGACGUCCAUGUUGAGGACGAUUCUCUCGAAACGGAUGACCACGUGAGCAUCAAUGAUACUGAAGACACCCGCAAAAUCCGCCUCUCUGAAGUCCCAAAGCACAAUCGCGAUGCGGACAGAAAGUGGAUCAUUCGAGAGAACGCCGUCUACGACAUCACCGACUUCAUCGAACAGCACCCAGGCGGCGAAGUAAUCCUCCGUGCCUGCGGUGGCAGCGUCGACCCGUACUGGAAGAUCUUCUCGAUACACAAUAAACAGCAAGUCUACGACAUCCUGAACGAAUACCAGAUCGGUGAAAUCGACGAGCGAGACCUCGACGAUGCCGGCCACGUCGACUGGACCGUCCUCGGCGACGAAGCAAAGAACCACAUCGUCGACGAUCCAUUCAUGCACGACCCCGAACGAGACUCCAACCUCGUCUUCCGGACCGAAAAGCCCUGCAAUGCCGAAACACCUGGCAGCAUGCUCACCGACUUCCUGACCCCUCUCAAGCUCUUCUUUGUCCGCAACCACCUCUGGGUCCCACAAAUGCACGAAUCGCCCCAUUCCGUCACCAUCGAGCUCUCCGACGGCGAAGAGAAAACCUACUCCCUCGCGGACCUCAAAGCCAAGUUCAGAGAACACACCAUCACCGUCACCCUCCAAUGCUCCGGCAACCGCCGCGCACACAUGAGCAAAGCCGCGCUCGGCCCGACGUCAGGCCUUCAAUGGGACAUCGGCGCUAUCGGCACGGCUGAGUUCUCUGGCGUCAGACUUCGUGACGUGCUGAAAGACGCCGGAUACUGCGUCGACGGCGACUGUCCCGCCCCAUGUCAAGCCGAGACAGAAGAAUGCGAUAAGCACGUCCAGUUCAUCUCGCCAGGCGAUACUUACGCUGUCUCUAUCCCCCUCCAAACAGCCGUGAACCCACAGGCCGACGUCCUGCUCGCCUGGGACAUGAACGGCGAACCCAUCAACCGCGACCACGGCGGGCCUCUUCGCGCCAUCGUCCCCGGCACCACUGCCGCGCGAAGCGUGAAAUGGUUGGGCAAAGUCAGCAUCAGCAGCGACGAAUCGCCUAGCCAAUGGCAACAACGUGACUACAAGUGCUUCGGGCCGAAUAUGAAGCAGACGCAAGUCCGCGACGUGGACUGGGAGUGUGCACAGGCGAUGCAGGAGACGCCUGUGCAGAGCGCGAUCACGAAUGUCGUCAAAGCUAAUGGGGACAAGAAGACUACCGUGCAGGGCUUCGCGUACAGCGGUGGCGGGAGAGGGAUUGUGCGAGUGGAUGUGUCUGCCGAUGGAGGCAAGACGUGGAAGCAGGCUAAUUUGCACAAAGACCAGGCGAAGGGGUCGAGGAGGUGGGCGUGGACGAUGUGGAGUAUUGAGUGGCCGAAAGAUGACCUCGUGCAUGCGCAGCAGGCGGAGUUCGUGGUCAAGGCGGUGGAUGAUUCGUACAACACGCAGCCGGAGACGUUUGAGGGGACGUGGAACUUCCGGGGCCUUUGUGCGAAUGCGUGGAAUAGGAUGACAGUUCCUGCUGAGGCGUUGUGA